AUGAAAAUCCUGGUCCGUAAGCCUUUCUUUCUCAAUUUCAAGAAAGUACCUACUACAUUAAGGCUCUUAUGUGAUGAUAUUACUGGUUCUCUCGUCCUCACCGAGCCUCUCAACAGGCUGAUAAGUUUGAUACGAACCAAAGUGGAUGAAGCUCUCCUCAAUUCUAUGAUGCAGUUUGAUGAUCCUCUCCUUCGCUGUUUUACUUAUAGAGAUUUUCAACUGGUACCAACAUUGGAAGAGUUUUCUCACAUAAUGGACAUUCCCAUACCCGAUCAAAUUCCUUACACGGGUGAGGAAGGAGGUCCUAAGUUGGAAGACAUUGCUGCUGCGUUACACUUACCAAGGGCAGAAAUUAACAAGGUUUGGAUUAAUAGAAGAGACUAUUCUGGGAUACCUGUGGAUUUCUUAUACGAGAAAGCCAAGAUUUUUGCUAAAGCCUUAAGCAUGGAUGCUUUGGAAAGUGUUCUAACUUUGCUGAUAUAUGGACAAGUUUUAGUAUCAAAAAGACAAGGUUGUGUUCUCGGAUGUAUUCCCCUUCUGCACAAGUGGUUUAUUUUGCACUUGCCUCGAUCAGUGAUAAGGAAUGAAGAAGGUUUGACUUGGAUUCAAAGAAUUAUGAAGCUUUCGUACGAUGACAUCAUUUGGUAUCCAAAAGAGUUCAAAGAGAUCCAGUUAUUCGAUCGUUGUGGGGAAUUCCCUAAUGUGCCUCUUCUUGGUACUCGAGGGGGAAUCACUUGCAACCCUAUUUUAGCUCGACAUCAGUUUGGUUUUGCUUUGAAAGACAAGCCACACUCCAUAUAUCUUAGUGCUGAAGACUUCGACUAUGGUUCUGACACCGCCGGAAAGAAGGGUCUUUUUAUUAAAGCUUGGUCAGAAGUAAAGAAGGUGGGUAUAAGAGAUUUGGGAAGGAGAAGUUACAUCCCUUCAGAUCUUUAUUUCAAAUGGGUUUACGACCGAGUUGUUGAAUUUGGGAUACCAUACCCAUCUGAUACACCUAUGGUCCCAAGGAUUACUCCCCCCGUUGCUUCUGCUGUGUUUGAACCGUAUGUUCCUUCCCCAAAUGAAGACCUUACUGCAAUCGUCAACCAAUUGAAGAGAGAAAGGGAUGACUACAAGAGACGCUUGCAAAAUGUUGAGGCUGAAAAAGAAGCAUUGAUAGCGGAUGCUAAAGAGAAAGAGGUUUUGCUUGACUACUUUUCCCGCAAGUGGAAGGUUGAAGACUUCGUCUCCCUAGAUCAGAUCAACUCAUGGGAACAAGAUAUUUCUAGACUUGUUCAAGAACGGGAAGAAAUGAUCAAGAGCCACAAGGAAGAAGUCAGAGUUCUGAAGAGGAAACGCCGCCAAGAAGACAAAGAUCCUAGAAUUUAG